AUGUUACCUUUAAAUUCGGCCAAGCGAACUUGUCUAUCUGAAUCACCAUAUUCCUCUAGCUUCGUCACCAUUCCCAACAUUAAUAACAUUGAUAUAAUACAACAACAGCAACUUAUAUCAAAACAAUUUUAUCAACAGCAUCGUCAUCGUUUAUUAUCAGAUUUGGAUAUUAUUCCUCCCAAUGAUCCAAAUGAUGAUGACAAUCUUCGUCAUAAACAACCAUUUAAUUCAUCAAUCUCGACAUCAAGUCCUCAACAAGAACAACAAAUUUUUACUAAAAGUGAUAUUCAUAGAAUCGAAAAAAAUAUUGAUUUAAUUCUUGAAAAUCCACAACCUUAUUCACCAUCACCUUCUUCAGAUAAUUCAAUCAUUCUUGAUUUUCCGAUUUUAUCAAGUCCAAAAAUCGAAGAAAAACAUAUCAAAUCACCUUUAUCCACGCUAUUGAAUCGUACUUUUCCUAAUGACGUCGUAGAAUUAGUAGAUAAAUUAAGCAAAUUGCCUAAAAAUAAUUCCAAUUUGGAUAUUAACGAUCCAAUCAACAAUAAUUUUUCUCGAGCAGCAUUACCAAAUUCUAAUAAUAAUUCGUUAACUUCGUCAUCAUUAAAAUUCACUGAUAUUUGGCUGAGAAAAGACAAACCCAUCCACUCCAAACUAUUGAUCUAUUCAACUUUGGCUUUUGCUGCUUCGAAAUUAUCUAACGACCCAUCAAUUCAAAAAACCGAAAACAAACCUGGCGGUGUGUUCUUUGAUGCUGCAAAGAAAAUUUUGGAUUCGGUAUAUGAUGAACCUAAAUUAGAAACUAUUCAAUCUUUGUUGCUUCUAGCAAGUUCCGAAAGGGCUCUUUCAAGAUUUAAUAGCGCUUUAAUGUUUUCAAAUAUGGCCGAUAAUUCAUUGACACCAGGGGAAGAGGAAGAAAGGCAUAGAAUCUUUUAUUGCGUCUACAUGAUGAGUAGACGGUGA